AUGCGGAGAAGGAUUACAUUCGUACAGCGGGCCGACGCCCCGUUCGAUUUCGACCAGGCUGUGUUGACGACCGAUGCACUGUCCAUCCGUAACCUGGACGGUGCGCGCGAGGAGCGAGCUACACUCAGCUUCGAGGAGCUUCCCUCAGAGGUUUGGCAGGUUCUGAAGUCAUGCCAUGAGCUCCACGUUCGGUGGGCAACGGAGCGCCCUUACCAUACCGGGGCGCCGUUUUCGAGUCGUAUAUCGCCCGGCCUACAUGUUUUUUACACACCGGGUGGACAGGAGGAAGCGAGUGGGUUCUGUCCGUUGCUGAAGAAGGUCUUCGGUGAGUCGUUGGAGUGUGACAGUCCCGAGACAUCAUUCAUCCAGCCUCCGAUUCACUCGAAACGAUUCGCAUCUACAGCCGCUUUCCAAUAUCACAGUCGCCUUCGCUCGCUGGACAACCUGGUCACAUUCAUUCAGCACAAAUUCUGUGAUAGCUCGGACGAGAAGUGUCAUCAACACGUUAAAGAGCUACUUUCCGCGGACUCGGUCGAUAUCGACUACAAUAGCAUAUCGCAUGCCCUGACGGUGUCGGGAUACUGGUCCAAGUCGCCAGCCCAGGGAUGGAGCGAGGAAAUCAAGCAGCACGUGGCAGGAACCGACAAGGUUGAAGUUGGGUUGCUAGGCGUCGAGACAGCUAUCGAGCCCGAGGAGCUGAAGAUGGGUGGACUAUUGGGCGUCGUGGGACAGGAUGAGAAACUGAAACCGGCGCUAUUCUCCUUCCCCUCACGCCAUCAUCCGCUCCCAGAAGACGCAACAUACUCCGUCUCCUUCGCUGAACCAACCGGUCUCCACCCCACCAUGGCCAUCUCGAUGCCUCCCGCCUCACUCCAGCGGCCCCCGGCGCCCCCAGACGCAACAUGCGCCCUGCACACAUACCUAACCCUACCCUCGUGGAUCUUCGGCGACAAGUACCAGCUCUCCACGACGGACCCACUGUUUUUGGACUCGCACCACCUCGCCGCCCUCCGCGCCGUAGCCGGAGAAACCGACCUCGAAGCCCCGGACUGGUUCGUCCCCCGCUGGGGUUCAACCUGGCUCCUGGAGCUCGCCACCCCGCCCGACGCCCAAGCCCCGGAAGACUGGAACAUCACCAUCCCCCUGCACCUGCGCUACCUGCGCCCCUCGGAGUCCGGAUACCGCUCCGCCGGCGUCCCGUGGCCCGUCGUCUUCUGGGCCUGCACCGCAGAGGACGGCACGAAGAUGGGCACGAAUCCGUUCGACCGCGUGAACCUGGGCUGGGAGGGCCUGUUUGGUCCGCGCACGAUGUUCUACCAGCUGGCGCCGUCGCCUGGGAGCCAUGGCCGGCUCGUCGAUGAACUGGAGGUGCCUGUGCUGCGGCUACGGAAUGGGCGGGGCUUCUUCCAGAGCCGGACUAUUGAGCUGGGGACUGUCGUCGUCGUGGCGCUGGGGUUUGUGUGGAUUCUGUGGAAGCUGGGAGUGGUCGUGCGGUCGUCUGGGACGGGCGCCCGGAAGAGAGAGGACAAGCAGGGCAAGGCCGAGUGA